AUUUGAAUUUGAUUUGACAGACUUCAGUACUUCAGAUUCAGAAUAAAAAUAAAGUAGAAUGAUACGCAGUUUGCAAAAUUCCAGUGCAAAUACAAUUUUUAAAGUAUGUUUGCGUGGUCUUACUUCUACGGAAGUAUCUACGGCUCUAAGACCUUUUUAUUUUUCCGUUCAUCCUGAUUUAUUUGGACAGUAUCCAAAUGAGAGAGCAAUAAAUGAAUCAUCUCUGCAACAGUUGAGUUCAGUCCUAACGAACAUUCAGGCUUCGCGACCUGUUCGGCCAAUUAGUUUGAGUUUUUACGUAAAAGAUAAAACUCAGAAAACAGCAAGUUUUCGUUUUACUAAAAUUCAUUUAAAGGAUCGAGAUAUACGUUCAACAAUAGUUACUAUUCUGAAAAGCUGUGGUCUUCCUACCGAUUAUGUUGAUAGUAUAAUUCCACCACCUAAAAUAGAAAAACCUGAUUAUUCCAAUCUGAAAUAUAAAAAUGAAAUUGAUCUCACCAAAGAAAAUGAUAAUCAUCCAAUUUUUGCUCAUGUCAGGAUGCAGAGAAAAAUUAAGGAGGCACAGGAAGCUUUGAAAUUGAGAAACUUUCUGAUCACUAAUCACAGGGAUGCCUUAGAUAAAUCUGAGAAAGGUGCUGUUUACAGAGAAGAAAUAACAAAGUUGAAGAAACAGAUCACUGCGGAACUGGGUCUGAAAGAAAUCCAAUGGAAUUGUGGUUGGAAUGAUACACAUUUUCGAGGUUGUCUACUCAGUUUCUUAUCUCUAACUGAACAUCAUCCAGAAAUAAGGAAUGUUCUCAAAGGUAGAAUUUUGGUGUUUUCAUACUUCACUGGUAUAAGUCUCGAAGGUCAUGUGAUGUUGUACAGUGGAGAAGUCCGGCACAAUUGGUUAGAUUUCAUAAAAAAUAUUGCAAAGUAUGAUAAGGCAUUAACCAGGAUUCCAGCUUUUGAGAAGUCACUUUCUCAUGUACUAAGAAAUAUUAAAGUUGGAAGAAGAAAGUUUAUGCCAAAAAUCAUGGCUGGUACAUACGAACAAAACUUGAAGCAAAUCACCACAUCUCUUAGCGAUUUCAGAGGCUGCAGGUCAUUUCCAAAAGAGUGGCCAGAUACUCUGAAAGAUUAUGAAAUGGUAGUUGAAACUGAGGCUGGUCCUUUAAUGGUUUCACCAACAGGGCAGUUUAUAGUUCCUUCUUCAAUACCAGGUGAAUUACUAGUCAAUUUCAUCACAAAGAAUUUGCACCUCGCCAGUCAGAGAAACAGGGAAUAUCAAAAUGACAAGCAUUUAGAACGUGCUUUAACAAAGCAAUGUUUGGAAAAACUUCAACUGUCUGUACUAUUGAAAGAUGACAAUGUGACUCCAGAUCUGAUGAUAAAAUGUUGUACAAAGUUAUUGAACGAUCAAUCUGAAAUAGAGCGAUUGACACCUGGUUUACGUUUGAAUAUAGCCACUUAUUACUCUGUGUUAUCCGACGGUGUGAUUUGUAUUCCAUGGAACUAUGAUUUAUAGACAUAAUUUUAUUAAUACAAAUUAAUACACUCUUAUAUGAAAUUAUUAAAAGUAUUUCAUCGG